CCUUAGCGAUCUCAAAAUGACAACAAACAACAAAUCCGAAAUUCGUUCUCUCCAUCAGUUGAAAGUAUUGUGGAAUUAAAAUACAAAAUCAUAUUUACUGGCUUCGUUGAGAUAGUGAUCAUUGUGCCAACUGUUAUCCAGGUAGUGGUUCGCUGGAACUGGACCCAUUCGAGCUCAUCUUCCUGGAAGAGAUAUUAGAGUUGAUGCGUCUCGGGUCAGGGGAGUUUUUUCGACCACUAGCCCCCAAAGCUGCCAACGAAUGAGGGUUUCGAACAUUGGAAGGUCGCGAAGGAGUAACGUUUGAUCCAAUCCCACUGGAUCUUCGCUUGUCCGUGGUGCUGGAAGGCCUCUUGGUCUCCGGUGUUCCUUGGCCCUAUUUUCCCUUUUGUGUCGGCUGCCCCACUACUUCGGUCUGACAGCGAUUUUCGUUCGGCGCGAUCACACGUCACACGACUUCGACCUCCUCUCCACCCAUCCACACGACUUCGACCUCGGCUUCUCCAAUGGCCCAGCCUCAGCCUCCGGUGAUUCCGCAGCAGGCACCGCCACCUCCUCCGGAAUUACGUGCAAAGAUGAUCAAUUUGGCAUUGAGCGAGGCGGUCGCUGCUGCGGGGGCAGCGCGCAUCGUGGCCGAGAUCGCGGCCAAUCCCCAACAGGAGCAGCGUCAAGAAAGGGCCGUCCAAGCUGCGGAGUGCGCCAGAGUCUCGGCCGCCGCGGCACGCGGAGCAGCCAACGCCGUCCCCACCAUCGAGACCACUGCGGCGGCGGACAAUGCGGAGCAAAGCAAGCAAACAGCUCAAAUUCUUGUGGCCCUGAUUCAAUCUUAGCAGAAUAAACGGAUUAAAUGCUUGGAA